AAAAGAUUUGACAACAUGGCGCACUUUCUCUGAGAAAACUCUGCCCCUGAAGCUUCUCCCGUGACUUUUCCACGCGAACUUUUCCAGCGACACGUGUUUCACAGCAGCGUGGACGCUUGUGUUGACACUUUAACGAAAGACGUGACGAAAGAAACGAGAGAAGAAGAAGAAGAAGAAGAAGAAGGAGGAGAAGAGAGUGAUGUGAUGAGAGCGACAAAGAGCAGCGGUCAAACACAGGAUGGAGAAACAAGCGACUGUGAAAACGAAGUUUUCAAUCUUCGGUUCCCGGACGGCGGGCAGACCGAUCCGCUGCGUCGCCGGAGACGACGGUGGCCGGUGUGGCAUCAGCAAAGCGGAGUUUAUGGAGAAAGUGCAGCAGAGCAACGAGGCGUGUCAGCGCGGCGACUUCCAGGCGGCGGUUCUUUUGUACAGCGAUGCCCUGCAGGCCGACCCGCAGAACUGCAUCCUGUACAGUAACCGCUCGGCCGCUCUUCUCAAGCUGGGGCAACACCAAGCGGCUCUGGACGAUGCAGAAAAGGCCUGCGAGCUUAAUCCCAAGUGGCCAAAGGCAUACUUCCGACAGGGUGUUGCCCUUCAGUACCUUGGUCGCCAUGCCGACGCACUGGCCGCCUUCGCCUCCGGGCUGGCUCAAGACCCCAAGAGCCUGCAGUUACUGGUGGGGAUGGUCGAGGCCGCCAUGAAGUCGCCACUGCGAGAGUCUCUGGAGCCCACCUAUCAGCAGCUGCAAAAGAUGAAGCUGGACAAAAGUCCCUUUGUGGUGGUGUCCGUGAUUGGGCAGGAGCUGCUGACAGCCAGCCACCACACGGCUUCUGUUGUGGUGCUGGAGGCAGCUUUGAAGAUCGGCACGUGCAGCCUCAAGCUACGCGGCUCCGUCUUCUCGGCCCUCAGCAGCGCCCACUGGUCCCUGGGCAACACGGAGAAGAGCACGGGCUACAUGCAGCAGGACUUAGAGGUGGCCAAGACCUUAGGUGACCAAACAGGGGAAUGCCGCGCUCAUGGGAAUCUGGGCUCGGCAUUCUUCUCCAAGGGAAACUACCGCGAGGCGCUGACUAACCAUCGCAACCAGCUGGUUCUGGCCAUGAAGCUAAAGGACAGAGAGCUUUUGCUCUUCGGAGGGAAGUCAGCGUCGUACGUUCUGUGA